CACAUGUAGGGCACUUACAUACAUGUUGGCAAAAUACCCAAACACAUGAAAGAAAAAUAAAUCUUUUUUAAAAAGUGCCUGAAGAAAAGAAUGAUCAAGCCAGAGUCCCACGUGUAGAAAAAAAAUCUUCAGAGGUAAGGGGAAAUUCUAGACAUUGUCAAAUGGGGGAAAAUUAGAGAAUGUGCUGCCAGCAAACCUGCCCGAGAGGGUGGCUAGAGGGCCCAGUGGUCAUGCUGCUGUCUAGAGGCUCUAGUGACAUCACCAAGGGAGAAAGACUUCACGGGAAGCCACCCACGCUGUGCUUUGUCCUGAGCCAUAAGCAAAUGGAAUCUUUGUUCUCCUGCCCCAUCAUUUAGCUUCAGCUAUGGUUUGUGUUAGGGUAACCUUCUGGGUUCCGUGCCUUUGGCUGUUGGAGAGAAGUAGGAAGAUUUUAGGGCAGUUCUGAGACCUUUUCAAGCUGAAGACAGAACUCCCUUGAAGCUGUGUGAGCUUCAGACCCAUUGGGAACAGAAAUGGACAGUGGACAAAGACCAUGGAUGACUGUAAAGCCAGAGUCGAAUCGAGGCAAAACAUGCCAAUAGAUGACCCGAGAAAUCCACUGACUCAGCAGGGCAGUCAGCGAUGCAGGCUUCUGGGAAGGGAGGCUCAGUGACGAUGAGGAAAUUGAUCAGAAAGUCAAUUUCCACUGGACUUUGACAAGAAGGGAAAAGACCCAAAAAAGCACCUGCCUCCACCAACUCCUUCCACUAAACAGGAGCAGGCAGCACAGAGAGAACACAGGACAUUAAAAGGGUAUCUUAGAGCUGGUCUUCCUUCCUUAUGACCCAGCUGUACCACUCCUGGUUAUAUUCAUCCACAGGACUCUAGGUUAGCACACCCCAGAGAUGCUCGUAUAUCCAUGUAUACCGCACGCAGCUGUAUUCCCAACAGCUGAGCUACAGGAGCAGCCUAAGGGCUCAACAGCGGAGGAAUAGUUAAAGAAUAUAUGAGAUUUUUUUUUCACACACACACAUAUACAUACUCAUGCACACACACGCACACAAGUCCCUGACAGCACAACACAAAUUUCUUCCAAAAAAAGAGUGUGUGCUGUGGUGUGGCCCUGGGUCUGACCAUGGUGGGAUUUGGAGCAAAGUAUGCUAAAAGCCUUUUUACCUUGAGAUCCUCUGCAAAACACAACAUGGGAACAUUAGGCUUUCAUCAUACUAUUUUGAUGAUGUUUCCCGUUAAUAAAGUAAAAUUGCAGAUUAUUUGUUCACAAGGUUUAUGGUGUGUGUGAGGAACUGUGUGUGUGUUUAUAAUGUCCAUGUGAGUGUAUGUGUAUUUACUGUGUGUAUGUGUAUUGUGUGUGUGCGUGCAUGUGUGUGCACGUGUGUGUGUAUGUGUGUGUGCGCGUGUAUGUGUGUGUGCACGUGAACAUGUGCAACUUUGUGGAGCUGGUUCUUUUCUUUCCCCCUUACAUUUCAACAAAUGGUGCUGAAGUAGUUGGACCUUCAUUGGAAAAAAAGCUUCAACUAUAUCUCCUACCUUUUCCAAAAAUGAACUCAAGGUGGAUCAUGAUCUUGAAUGUAAAAGUGAAACUCUAACCCUCAGGAGAAGACAAGGACGGAAUCUGUGAACCUAGGGUUAGCCAAAGAGGCCUUAGACUCAACACCACGAAAGGAAUCCAUAAGAAGAAACCUGUAAAUUGGACAGAACCACUUCUGUCCAACAUAUACAAAAUAGAAACAAAGCUGUUACCAGAAACGUGAAAAUAGAGGGGAGGGAGAGGAAGGAAAUCAGUGGGAAGAGGAGGGGAAACCAGAGAGUAAUGGGGGAGGGAAUAUGUUCAGAGUAUAUUAUGCAUGUAUGAAAAUGUCACAGAGAGACUCAUUGUUUUGUACAAUUAAUAUAUGCUAAUGGAGAACAUUACCAGGGCAGAAUGAAUGGCCAACAAGGAAGCUUCCAGCCCUGUCAAGGACGUGGGUGUCCGGCUUCAAUGGCUGCUGGUGGGAAUGAGAGAUAGGCACAUCCCUGGGAGUCAGUUUGUCAGAUGUUUUUAGAGCAAACACAUCUGCCCAGAACUACACUCUUGGACAUUUAUCUCAGAGAAGUAGAAAUCCACAGACAAAUACACGUGUGUAAUAGCCCAAACCUGGAGAGGAUACCAAAUGUCCUUCUCUGGAAGCCUGGUUAGAUCAGGGAGCAUCUGCAUGGAUCAUGGACCAAUAGUCAGCCACAGGAGGGAAGGCGCUUGCUGUGGGCACCUGCCUCCACUUCUAGAGAAUUUCCUGAGAGGGAGAAGCUAGUCCCCCCAAAGGGCCCGUGCUCAGACAGCACCCUUGCAGUAGUACAGAGAGUGGACCUGUGGGUUCCUGGAGGGCUGAGGGUGUGGGAAAGGCCUUGUCUACAAAGGACAGCUCAGGGGUCCUGGUGCCAUGGGUACCCUGAAUCUAACGCUCCUGUGUCAGGUAUCCAUUAUUACUGUUGAGGGACCCUCUCCUUAUUUCCCCUCCUUUUCUCAUGACCCCUCAGCUGUGUGUACUCUGUCAUUACUCAAAGGUUUAGAUAACAAGGAUACGCAGAGAUGAGUUUGGGAGACACUAUAGGCUUUGUCUAAAUAUUCUGGGCCAGGAACCGAACUUGUCCUACUUUGGUCGCCAAAUUCUCCUCAGCCCCCUCCACAAGGGACCUUCCUGGUGUGAAGGCAGUCUGGAAUUCUUCAGCCCUAAACCUCUCCUGGUCCUGUUCCACGGCUUCCAUGUAAACCACUCAGGCGCCUGUCAGAAAUGGAGUCCUGAGUUCCGCCAGCCCUCUGAGCCAGGUGGAAUGUGGAUUUCAGUGCUCUGGGUGGCUCUGCUGACAAGGUACCCAGUGGUUGAGAACCAUGUCCCCUUCAGUCCUGAUUGGUACAAGAAUCAGAUAUGGUCUGUCCAAGGUCACCAGCUGCUAAGUGGCAGGGCAGGGCUGGGACUAGUAGAGGUCACUUGGGGACGAGAUAUUGUUUACCUCAAAUAUUUACUUGCCAAUCUUCCUGUCACAAGCCCUUGCUAAGAGGUGGGAGGUGAGAGAGGGGGUUGGCAUUCACCAGGAGGUUCUCUUUUCUCUUCCGCAGUCGCGACAGGAGACCCCGUCCUCACCUGAUGCCCCCUGCUGCCCCUCAGAGGAGGACGCUUCUGGCCUGCUACUCUCUUGAAGAUAAAGAGGAAACACAGUGGGAGACAGCCAUCUUUACAAAUGGAGGCGGCUGCUGGGACUGUCUACCCUCUACUGCAGACCCACAUCCCAGCAGGACACAGACAGGUCCUGUGCACCUGCCAAGGCCUGGGAAAGACAGAACCGCUCCCCAGGGGCUUCCAGGAGCCUGUGGUGUGCCCUUCCCUUGGGAACACGAAGGCAGCACUCAGGGGUAGGGAGCCCAGCUGAACUCUAAUCCGCUUAGGAGCAGCUUAGGGGAUUGUCUUUUUCUGGCACCUGUUUUGUCACCCCUAAGGUGUCCUUGGUGACCCCAGGACUGGGAUUUAGCUAGAUGCUUGUUAGCCCUGGUCUCCCUGGGCUUCUUAGAGGCUGCCCAAGCAUCCUGGCCAUAGCUACAUGCCUCCCUUGCCCCACAAGGGCAGGAACAGGCCACAGGCCAAGGGCAUAGGGUCGGGCCCUGCUUUAGAUGCAGGUUCCUUGAGGUUCACCUCAGCUUAUGGGUCCUAACACUUGAAGGGGACACAAGACAUCAUCAGGAUGGAUUUCGGGUCCUUGGAGACUGUUGUGGCCAACUCUGCCUUCAUCGCUGCCCGUGGCAGCUUUGACGGAAGCAGCACCCCCUCUUCCCGGGACAAGAAGUAUCUAGCCAAGCUCCGGUUGCCCCCACUGUCCAAGUGUGAGAGUCUCCGUGACAGCCUCAGCCUGGAGUUCGACAGCCUGUGCUCAGAGCAACCCAUCGGCAAGAGACUGUUCCAACAGUUCCUGAAGACAGACGAGAGACACGUGCCAGCUCUGGAGCUCUGGAAGGACAUUGAGGACUACGACACAGCCGAUGAUGACCUGCGGCCUCAGAAGGCACAGGCCAUCCUGGCUGAGUACUUGGACCCACAGGCCACACACUUCUGCAGUUUUCUGGACCAGGGCAUGGUGGCAAAGGUGAGGGAAGGGCCCGCCAGGAGCCAGGAUGGCCUCUUCCAGCCUCUGCUGCAGGCCACCCUGGAUCACCUGAGCCAGGUCCCCUUUCAGGAGUACCUCGAAAGCCUGUACUUCCUGCGGUUCCUCCAGUGGAAAUGGCUGGAAGCUCAGCCCAUAGGUGAAGACUGGUUCUUGGACUUCAGGGUUCUGGGGAAAGGGGGCUUUGGGGAGGUGUCUGCCUGCCAAAUGAAGGCGACCGGCAAGAUGUACGCCUGCAAGAAGCUCAACAAGAAGCGGCUGAAGAAAAGGAAGGGCUACCAGGGUGCCAUAGUUGAGAAGAGGAUCCUGACCAAGGUGCACAGUAGGUUCAUUGUGUCUCUGGCCUACGCGUUCGAGACCAAGACUGACCUCUGUCUGGUGAUGACUAUCAUGAAUGGAGGUGACAUAAGGUACCACAUCUACAAUGUGGAUGAGGAGAACCCAGGCUUCCCAGAGCCACGGGCCAUCUACUACACAGCACAGAUCAUCAGUGGCCUGGAGCACCUGCAUCAGAGACGCAUCGUCUACCGCGACCUCAAGCCGGAGAACGUGCUGCUGGACAAUGACGGCAAUAUCCGAAUUUCUGACCUUGGGUUGGCCGUGGAGCUGAUGGAAGGGCAGGAUAAGACCAAGGGCUAUGCAGGGACCCCAGGUUUCAUGGCCCCCGAGCUCCUCCGAGGGGAAGAAUAUGACUUCUCUGUGGACUACUUUGCCCUGGGGGUCACAUUGUACGAGAUGAUUGCAGCCAGAGGACCCUUCCGAGCCCGAGGAGAGAAGGUGGAGAACAAGGAACUCAAGCAGCGCAUCAUCUCCGAGCCCGUGAAGUACCCAGACAAGUUCAGCCAGGCCAGCAAAGACUUCUGCGAGGCACUGCUGGAGAAGGACCCAGAGAAGCGCCUGGGCUUCCGGGAUGGGACCUGUGAUGCACUGAGGGCAAACAUCCUCUUCAAAGACAUCAGCUGGAGGCAGCUUGAAGCCGGGAUGCUGAUCCCUCCGUUCAUCCCAGACCCUAGGACUGUCUAUGCCAAGAACAUACAGGACGUGGGUGCCUUUUCCACAGUCAAGGGUGUGGUUUUUGAUAAAACCGACACAGAGUUCUUCCAAGAGUUUGCCUCUGGCAACUGCUCCAUUCCCUGGCAGGAGGAGAUGAUCGAGACUGGUAUUUUUGGGGACCUGAAUGUGUGGCGCCCAGAUGGUCAAAUGCCUGAUGACAUGAAGGGGAUCAACGUGGAGGAGGCAGCCCCUACAGCCAAGUCGGGAAUGUGUCUCAUCUGUUAGCCAAGUGUCUGAGGAGAGCACGGAGCUGCCUGUGUGCAGAGAGGAAAGUGUACUGAGCUCAUGGGAAAAAUGCGACCCUGGUGUCAGCCCGUGCUCACUCCACCCGUGACACCAUGCAACUGUGUCUCCUUGUGGAGCAAACGAGACCUUCUGUCUAUACCCUACAGACAUGACAGACCAACUCUUUUGUCUUAUUUCAUCCAGAAGAUACAAAAAGGCCACCACAGAUUGAACAGCAAGGUACAACUUCUCAAAGAACCUCUGCGUAGGACGUGUGGCCAGGAGCGUGGAUGCUGAGAACCCCACGUACAGCAUGGAUGUUCUAGUACAUUUCAGGGCAGGCCUGUACUCUGGGGGUCCACCCUGAACCUCUCCUUGCCUGUUUCCUGCCUCCUCAGCUGCCUUUACUGGAUCACCACCUGCUCCACGAACCCCAGUUUGGAGCUUGUGAAUCUUCAGGGAGUAGAAAGGCUAAAAGGACCUGGUCUUAGCUGAGAGUCAUUUCUUUCUCUCAAGAACAGAGACAGCUACCUCAGACAGCUACGGUCUCUGUUCUCAGUCAACACCUCAUAUGAUAUAUACUCAAAUCGCCAUAGUCAUGUCACACGUGGUAGGGAGCCCAAGUCUUUACAUGUUAAUGUCAUGUGUGAUGUAUGGCUGAGUCUUCGCACCGUCAUUACACCUGUAGUAGGUGUCGUGUUCCUGUGCCAUCUUUGUUCUGCCACCCCCUUCUUGUUUAUGAGGGAAGGUGACCUACAUGCACCCGGUCAUUUUAGAAGAUUGCUGGAUGAAGCCAGCACUGGAUGGCAACCCUGGACCAGCAUCUCCCAAGUUGUGUGAGGGUACAAGCAUCUGUCGAGAGCAUCUCACCAAUAAACCCCAGGCCAGCUGCACUGUGCAGGAUUCCAGAUGUUGCUAUAGAUGCGCCUUGCACACAUGAUAUCCCGGGGACUAAUGCUGGAUGCUGAAGAAGUCUGUGCCAGGAUUCUACUCUUCUUGGAGAAUCUGACACUGGAAUUGUGGGGUGCUCUGGAAGGGCCUUGGGUUGUCCGUGCCCAUACCUUCUGGACCAUGGCCUGGAGCCUCCUGUGGCUGAUUAGUGCUGAGUGAUGUAGAUAAAGGCAAACCCUCCACCAUCCCCUCUCACUCCGUCCUGUAGAGCAUCUCACACGUAUCAAGGGCUGCGUGCAUAUUUUAUUUCAUUAUGUUCGGGAGCUCAUUUAACAGCUUCUGGCUGAAGACCCUGGCACUUUGGCUGUCUCAUCCUCAUCUUCACUGGGGUGGAGGCAUGGAAAAGGGUGGGUUUCUGCAGCCACAGCAGGUUCUGGGGAGGCCUAGUCCUUGGUACACUAUCAUCCCUGUUUGGCCUGCCCAGAGCUCACGGAUCUGACGGUAGAAUCUGUGUGACUUCACAGGCUCCGUCCUGGGUCCUCCCUCACCCUAGGCUACAGAUUGAAGAGCAAGACAUCCAGUCCAGUUUAAAUUUCAGACAAAUAGUGAACACUUUCCCAGGGUAAGUAUGUCCCAGCAGUAUUUGGGACAUACUUCCACUAAAACUUCAUAUUUUGUCUGGAAUUCACAUUUAAUUGGAUGCUCUGUAGGUCUUUUUUAAAACUCUAAAUCUACCUAGCCUAUCGCAAACCCAUCAAGCAGGGAUGAAAUUGGGAGCAAUGCUGCUUUGCUUUUCCGUGUCUUCUUGGUCAGGUGAGGGCUCUUCUCACUCGGGCCUGCUCACAUACAUAAGCUUGAGUGUCACUCAAAGAGACACAUCCCAAGGCUGUUAGAGAGCACAGACCCCCAGCAGCCAUGUUCUUGGCUGUACACACAGGGCACUGCUAGCUUCACCAGGGGGAGGUGCUGAGUGGAGAAAGAUGAACUCCUUGCUCUGUGCUCUCUGGGUAGAGAUUUUUAGCCAACUCCUCUUCCUAGAGAUUUCUUUGACCAGUUUAAGGGACCUCCACCAUAGGUGUUCUCUCAGCUUAGAGAGCUCCCCCAUUGCCGUGGUCCCUCCUUACCCCUAGAGUUUAUAAACUCCUAGGUCCUAGAGCUCAGGUCUUGCCUGGACACCGAUCCCAGGGAGCUACAGGUCACCCACUGUGGUUCUGACAGUUGCCAGGCCCCCUUGGCUCUAACCUUCCAGAAGACAGCAGAUCAUAAUGUGUUGUAGGAUGUCUUGGAUGCUGAUAUGCAGGCCUGUGGAAAGGAAAGGACUUUUCCUUACCCAAGAUGAGGAGACAUCCCUAGGACCGGAAGCCCACCUGGAAGCCCUGUGAGAUAUAGAUUGUCUUGUACUCAGGUGACCAACAUGUUGAGAACUGUUUCACUUUCGGCCACUUGGAGAUAUACCACUGUGGUGACAUUCAUUCUGCAAUGAACUCUAAUAAUUCUUCACUCUCAGGAGGUUAGAGGUAGAAGAGGCACCUGAGACUAGACAGAGAGGACUCUGGGAGUUGGAGGUCAUCUGGAGAAGGACAGGAUCCCACUAUGAGCAAUAGGGUCAUGUCAGAUUUUACAGUGUUGUAUUCAAACUGGGUUUGAAUUUUAUUCCUUUUUAUGGACAUUAUUGAUAAUUACAGGAAUAGUUAUCAAGGAUCGUGACAUUCUAUAGCAGGCCCUGAAACUCUUCCCAAACCCAAAGUCAUAUCACAAGAGGUCUGGGAAGCUCAGUGCCCAAGUCUCUGGCUAAGGUUUGAUGAAGGUUUAGGGUGUGCCCAAAGCUCUGUGUUUUGGAAGUUGUACCUCUUGUGAGGUAAUCUAGGUAGUAUGGGACAUUUUAGAGAUGGAGCAUAAGAGCUGGUAUUUGGAUCAGUGCUUUGGAAAGGCUUGGCUAAUUCUGUGGAUUUCUGUCUGGGCUGUAAGACGUGGGUUCCACUGCAGAUGUGAGUCUGACCUCUGAGCCCCAUGGCUUCCUGUCUGUCUACAUUUUCUUUCACAGCUGUGUGUGCUCUCAGUGAUUCCAUUGUGCCAUCAGAGGUCAAACAAAUGGGGUCACUCAUCUUAGCUUUCCAGCUUCCAAACUGGGUUAAAUAAACCUCCUCACAAAUUAUCCUCUCUGUGGUAUUUUGCUAUAGUGGAUAUUUUGCUAACAGUGAAUAAACUGUUAACUUUAGAGUUUUACAUCGAUUCAAAGUAGACUUCUGGAUCUAGACAAGAUGGCACACACACACACACACACACACACACACACACACACUGUGGUGGUUUGAAUAGGUUUGAAUUGGCCCCCACAUGUGAAUGGCCUCCAUUCAUAUAUUGUUCAUUAGGGAGUGGAGUUACUUGACAGGGAUUAGGAGGUGUGGCCUUGUUAAAGUAGGUGUGGCCUUGUUAGAGCAAGUGUGUUACUAAGGGUGGGCUUUGAGGCUUCAAAUGCUAAAGCCAGGAUCAGUAUCUCUCUCUUCCUGCUGCCUGUUGAUCCAGAUGUAGAAGUCUCAGCUAUUUCUCCAGCAGCAUGUCUGCAGACAUGUUGCCAUGAAGAUAAUGUCCUAAACCUCUGAAACUGUAAGCAAGUUCCAAUUAAAUUAUUUGCUUUAUAAGAGUUGCUAUGGUCUUAGUGUCUCUUCACAGCAAUAGAACACUGACUAAGACAGAAGUUGGUACCAGGGAGCUGGGUAUUGCAAUGAUAGACCUGACUACACUGCUUGUUUGUAGAAUGUGGACUUUGGAUUAGGAAAGUAGUUGAGUUGAAUGCUUUUGAGGUUUAGUGGGCCAUCUGGUAGGGGUGUGGAAGACAGUGGUGCUGAGAAAAAUGUAGAUUAUGAUGGACUGACUCAAGAGGGUUCAGAGGAGAAGAAUGUUAGUAAAUGGCAUAGAGAGUGUUCUUGUGAUAUUUUGGUGAAUAGUGUGGCUUGCUUUUUGUCCUUGUCUGAAAAGUCUGCCUUGAUGGAGGAAGGUCAUUGGUUAAUUAAAUAAAGAAACUGCUUGCCCUGAUAGGUUAAAACAUAGGUGGGAGGAGUAAACAGGAGGAAGAGGAAGUGAGGGCUGGGAGCACUCUCGCCAAAUUUAUAGGCAAACUUUAGCCUGAGGCAAACACGCCCCCUAAGGGGUGGGACUUAUCCCUACACUGCCUGAAGCUAAAUAUAAGAGUUUUGGAUUAAUGGCAUUGGCAGAGGAGAUGUUAAACAGCCCAUUAUUGACUAUGACGUGGGGUUAUCAGUGGCCAAGCUUAUGCAGAUCUAUAAUGAAAAAGAGCACACUGAGCAAGGAAAACUACAAAAUGUACAACUUGAGGAGAAAAUUGGCACCAGGAAGUGUAAUGGAGCUAAGUCUUGUGCUCAAGGAAAUAAACAGAUUUAAGAAAAGCCUGAUGCUAAGUGGAAUAAAGGGAGUGGUGACCUCAGGGCAAAACUCCACCCAGUUAAACUUCCAACUUGUGAAAGGAAUUAAAGAAAUCUUAAGUAAAGGAAGUGAUCAACAAGAGAUGAAGUUGAACAGGGGGCCACGGUCCAGCCCCAGCAAACAGCAGAACGUUGCAGCUUCAGCCACGUGGUUUAGAGUCAAGGACAGAAGAAAGAGGUGUGGAAUCUCUCUCUGUGACUAAGGAAGGCUGCUGAGGUCAGGUGUGCCUCCGCAGUGUCCCUGCAUGGAGGCCCAGAGAGGCCAUUGCCUGAAGUUGUAAAGGUGAAGCCUGGAUUGCCUUGGAAGCCCCAAGAUUUUGAAGAUGCCAGAGCUGUGGGAUACCUGCCAAGGAAAGGUGCUAAAAGGAAGCGGAACCAGCCUGGGAGAAAGAAAUGUGUUUCAGUUAACAAAGCUGACAGGAGUUGGAGAUCUGAAGAGCCCAUUGACAUCAGACAUGGAGAUGCCAAGUUAGGAGUUUGCCCAGCUGGUUUUUGGUCUUGCUUUGGUCCAGUAUUUUCUCGCUCUGCUCCCUUCCCUGUGUUUUGAGAUGGUAAUGUGUAUCCUGUGCCAUUGUAUGUUGGAAGUGUGUGAUUUGUGUCUUGAUUUUUAUUUUGCAGGGGUGUAUACUUAAGAGAAUGCCGUGGGUCUCAGAAGAGACUUUGAACUUUGGACUUUUAAAUAGGGUUGAUACUGUGAUAGACUAUGGGGACUUUUGAAGUGGGACUGAGUGCAUUUUCUGUAUUAAAAUGUAGCUACAAGCCUUUGGGGGCCAGGGAGUGGAAAGUGGUGGUUUGAAUAGCAACGACCACCAUAGGUUCAGAUAUUUGAACGCUAGGUCAUUAGGGAGUAGCACUACUUGAGAGAGAUUAGGAGGUGUGGCCUUGUUGGAGUGGGUGUGGUCUUGUUAGAGGAAGUGUGUUACUGGGGGGGGGUUUGGGGUUUCAGAUACUAAAGCUAGUCCCCCGUAUCUCUCUCUUCCUGUUGCCUGUGGAUCGCACCACGGUUGGCCUAUGUGCUGCCAUGCUAUCUGCCAUGAUGAUAAUGGACUAAACCUCUGAAGUUGUAAGCAAGCCCCAAUUAAAUGCUUUCCUUUAUUAAA